AUGCUUCUAUCAACGGAACUUCAAUCAACCACAAAAGUCUUGCAGGAGACGUCGCAAACUGCAGCAAAGGGAGGUGAAGGAGUUGGAGUUACAGAACGAGAGGAUUCAGAAGAGGAGCAACAAGGAGUUCUUCUCAUUGGGACUCUGGCAGUAGUGGUUGCAUCACUUGUAGUUGUCCCCUUCAUACUACUCGUUGUUUUCUUUUUUGUAAUAAGAAGAAUUAGAAGAGCAGAGAAACAGAUGAAAAAAUUGCCAACGGAAGCUCAAGGAAAGAAAGGAACGAAGAGAACUUUGCAAGAGAGAAAAAUUCCACUUCCAAUAACUCAAACUUCUACUACAAAUCCAACAGCUACUGUAGAUAGCCACAGUAACACUGAAAACCCGAGAAAUGUUACAAUGAAGAAACUAGCGUCAAACUCGAAGUCAGCAGAAUCUGCACUAAACAAUCGCAAAAUUCGAGAAACGAAGGGAGCUGGUUCUACCAAGAAGAUCCCUCUAUCUAUAAGGAAAAAUACUGGUUCUGCGAAACGCGUUGGAAAGAAAAAGCUUAAAAAAUAG